CGAACCUGUGCUUCUGCUUUUCGAUUCUUUUUUAUCGCCUGCAAUCCAUCUCCAUCUCCAUCUUCUUUCUUCCUCUCUCACUAAAGUCACUCUCUUCCUUCACUCGUGCGGGUGAAGUAUAUACAGUCGUCUGGCCAGUGGUGUCACCAGCCACCACUACUUUUACAUUGCGAAUCCUCGUGCAUUGACCAUUCCUGUUUGGAUCCUUGCCUGUUAUCCGCCGUGGAGACAGCUGAGCUCGGGACGCACCCAACUAGUCGUCUGUCCGCCCACUCUUCGCGAACCUCCUUCACCCUGCGCUCGAAACUUCUUUCUUUCCAACCUCUCUGUUUCUUAUUCUUUGUUCCUUGUCCUCUUUUCUCGCCGGGGUUUUUGCAUUUGCAGCUUCGAGUCUCAAUUCUUCCCAUGCGGUUCUAAUCGACCUCUCCCCUUGACCGCACUGCGUUGAAGGUGUCUCCGGUAUCCAAAUCCACCUCCAUCAUAGCCUCAGGCGUGCGCCAUGUCGCUCAAUAACGGCAACGUCAACGUGAACGUCAACGGCAGGGAGAACCAUCAGGCUCCAGCUAAUGGUCCUAAGGCUCCCGUGAACGGCGUUCGGGCUCCCGCCCUUGACCUUUCUCCCGACAAGGUUGAAGAGUCCUUGGUGGAAGAGUCUAGGAAAGCGGGCGUUCCUGCCUUCAAAUUCGAUCCAGAUGCACCUCCUGAAGCUAAAGCAUCGGCGGCGAAAUCAGAAGAACCCUCAAUGCCAAUCCCUGAAAAGAAACCCAAGGCAGUCGCUGUUGUUACGGAUAAGGUAUCGUCCCCGUCGGUUUCGCAGCAAGAAUUGGUUAAGUAGCGCUAUUCGCUAACUUUGGAAUGAUUUCCGUAAAGACUCAGGAUGUUACCGUCCAGGAGGACUUACCUCCCCCAGAAUCAGCGGACUCCCUGGAGAAACUAAAAGUUCCCGGAGAAUUUACCGAGGAUCUGCGAUUUGCACGCGACAGAACCGGUUGGGCGCCACGAUUUGAGAUUGUGAAAACCGAAGAGGAAGAGAAUGAAGGUACCCUAUUAGACCACCAGACUUUCCUGGAGUCUAAGUUGGAUGAUAAAUUCUUUGGAGGUGUGUAGAUGAUACAGCGGCCCUGCCUCCUGAAUUGGAAGCUAAUCAAUGCACCACCUUGCGAAUGACAGACUGGUAUCACAAUGCGGGUGUGAUUGUUUUCGCCUGUCUGAGUUCCUGGCUUGUUGCAGUCCUAGGCGGAGGCAUUGCGUGGAUCAUGCUUAUCAUGGCAACCUGUGGCACAUACUACCGGACCUCAGUUCGGCGCGUGCGUCGCAAUUUCCGAGACGAUGUCAACCGAGAAAUGGCGAAGCAACGCCUCGAUACCGACACAGAAAGCCUGGAGUGGAUUAACAGUUUCCUAGUCAAAUUUUGGCCUAUCUUUGCACCGGUCCUGUACGACGGCGUGAUCAACUCGGUCGAUCAGGUUCUCAGCACGGUGACCCCUCCGAUGGUCGACAGCAUGAGGCUGAAGACCUUCACACUUGGAACGAAGCCUCCGCGGCUAGAAUAUGUCAAGACCUAUCCGAAGACGGAUCCGGACAGCAUCGUCAUGGAUUGGAAAUUCAGUUUCACCCCGAAUGAUAUCAUGGACUUGACGGCACGGCAGCUGAAGGACAAGAUAAAUCCCAAGGUUGUCUUGGAGGUCAGAAUUGGCAAGGGCGUCUUGAGCAAGGGCCUUGAUGUCAUCGUCCAGGAUAUGGCUUGUUCCGGAUUGAUCAGGGUGAAGAUCAAGCUGCAGAUUGACUUCCCGCACGUCGAGCGAAUCGAUGUAUGCUUCUUGGAGCGACCUGAAAUUGAUUACGUCUGCAAGCCUCUUGGUGGAGACACUCUAGGUUUCGACGUCAACUUCAUACCCGGAUUGGAAAGCUUCAUCAAAGAGCAAAUUCACAGCAAUCUAGCACCGAUGAUGUAUGCUCCUAAUGUUUUCCCCGUUGAGGUUGCCAAAAUACUGUCCGGCAACGCAGUGGAUCAAGCCAUCGGUGUCGUCGCCGUAACCAUUUAUGGAGCCAGGAACCUGAAGAACCCCGACGCAUUCGCCGGGACGCCUGAUCCGUAUGCAACGGUAUCUAUCAACGACCGACAUGAGCUGGGUCGCACCAAGACUAUCCUUGAUACGGACAGCCCAACCUGGAAUGAGACUCUCUACGUCAUCAUCACCUCCUUCGCAGAUUCGCUUACAAUUGCAGUCUAUGACUGGAAUGAAUUCCGAAAGGACAAGAAACUUGGCACGGCCACCUUCGCGAUGGACCAACUUGAAGAGAAUCCGGAUCAUGAAAAUCUUUUCCUCGAGGUCCUUUCCAGCGGCAGGUCUCGUGGCGGUUUGAGGACUGAUAUCAGGUUCUUCCCUGUUCUGGAGGGCAGAACACUGGAGACUGGAGAAAUUGAACCCCCACCAGAGUCCAACUCCGGUAUUGCAAGGUUCACUGUCGAGCAGGCAAAAGAGCUUGACUCCGGGAAGAGCAUGGUUGGCGCCCUGAACCCAUACGCGGUACUUCUACUGAACGGGAAGGAAAUCCAUACGACGAAGACGCUCAAGCGCAACAAUAACCCUAUCUUCCCAGAUUCUUCUACGGAGAUCCUGAUCACUGACCGCAGAAGAGCCCGCCUCGGCGUUGCCAUUAAGGACGAAAGGGACCUUAUGUCACACCAAGUUGUCGGUAGUUAUCAGAUCAAGCUAAAUGACAUGCUGAGGAUGAUGGAUAAAGGCCAGGAAUGGUUCCAGCUCCGCGGUACGAAAUCAGGAAAAGCCAAAUUGACAUUGCAGUGGAAACCAGUUGCGCUUGGAGGCAUCGCUGGAGGCAUGGGCUAUGUUGAUCCCAUUGGCAUCUUGCGCAUACACUUCAAGUCUGCGUCAGAUCUUCGCAACCUGGAAACUGUGGGUAAGUCUGAUCCAUAUGCGCGGGCUUUGCUGUCUGGUAUCGUCCAAGGUCGGACCGUCACUUUCAGGAGCAACCUCAAUCCAGAGUGGGAUGAGGUUGUCUACGUCCCGAUUCACAGCUCCCGUGAGAAGUUAUCUUUGGAAGUUAUGGACGAGGAGAGUACAGGCAGCGACAGGUCACUUGGCGCGGUCGAAGUCAGUGUUGCAGACUUCGUUCGGGAGGGCGAGAACGGGGAGUAUGAAAUAGACGAUGAAAAGCAGCUCAUAACUAGUGGACUACGGCUCGGAAGAAAUGCCCCUAAGGGUCAUCUGAACUAUACUAUCGCAUUCUAUCCUGCUGUGCCAGUAGUCAAUCCGGAAGAGGAAGAGAAGGAGGAAGCAGAGGAAGAGAACGAGGCGCCUGGCGAUAUCUCAUCAGUUGCGGCGUCGAGGAAGAGAAGCGAUUCCACAAAGACUUCACUUUCCACGAAGACAUCGCACUCCAGGAAAAGCUCUUCUGGGAGAAUUUCCAAUGGGACAACACCGAAUAGCACGCAGACCAAAGGCACACCAGACGCUGAGCCCACUCCCAGGACAUCGGAAGCUCGAUCGGAGGAACGGCCGAAGGCAGUUCCCAAGAUCCUCAUUAAUACCGAAAACCUUACUGAAUACGAAUCCGGGUUUAUCGUGUUUAAGAUUCACGACGUUAAACUGUUGCAUUCCAAUGUGUACAUUCAAAUUCUAAUGGAUGACUAUAUGUUUCCGAGCUACAUUUCCGCCAAGAUUCCAUCGAAGACAGCCAAGUUCUCUGAUGUCGGAGAUGCAUUCGUUCGUGAACUCGAAUGGUCGAAAAUGACCGUCCGACUUGUUGACAAGAUUGAUGCCAAGGACGAUGCUGAUGAUCAUACACUUGCCAAAUUGACUGGUGAAACAUUACGUACUUUGUACAAGUGCUUGUACAAUCCAAUGCCGCUUGUACUCCGGUCGAAGGAGGGCGAGAAUGUAAUUACGGUUAGCGCUAGGUACAUUCCUGUCACGAUGAAGCUGGAUCCCACUGAGAGUGUCCACAACAUGGGUACAUUGCGAGUAAAAGUUUUGGAUGCGGCAGAUCUCCCGUCAGCGGACCGGAACGGCUUCAGUGAUCCAUUCUGCAAGUUCGUGCUGGGAGAUAAGGAAGUCUUCAAAACCAAAGUGCAGAAGAAGACGCUUCAUCCUGUGUGGAACGAAGAGUUCGUGACUGAGAUCAAAUCCAGGAUCGGCGCCAACUUCCGAGUGGAUGUGUAUGACUGGGACUUUGGCGAACGCGCGGACUUCUUGGGCAGUUCUCCGAUUGACCUGGAAACGUUGGAUCCAGGUCAGAGCAAGGACGUGACUCUGAGACUCGAUGGGAAGUCGGGAACUUUGACGCUGCGGCUUCUCUUCAACUCGUCGUAUGUGCAGCGGUCCAGACAGGGGACUUCAGCCUUCCACGGCACUUUUGCUGCGCCGGUGAAGAUUGUCGGUGCUCCCGUCAAGGGAGUCGGGCUUAUCGGCGGCGGUGUGGUUAGGGGAGCAUCAUUCCUGAAGUACGGCCUGCUAGGACGCAAGAAGGACGGUGAUUCUGCGGAAGAAACCAUGAGCGUCGCGGAGGAGGCAACCACAGAUGGAGUAGUGCCUCCCCCAGCGAUAGUCGAGGAGCCGGCACCUCCUACCUCGAGUAGUGUCAAUUCCUCUGGCCUCCAGCACGCACGCAGCCGAAGUAGCGUCUCACAGGUAACAAGUUUGGUACCUGGAAAGGCGGAGUCUGGAGUCGCAACAAUCGCUAUUGUCUCUGCCAGCGGGUUCCCAACGUCCACGCACCUGCGGGUACACGUGCGGAUGGUUGGGCCUAAGGGAUCGAAGGACGUGCAUAAAACUAAAGCCAUCAAGGAUGGCGGCAGUGGCAGGGUGCAAUACGACGCCAACCACGAGACCUUCAGGGUGCAUGCGACUGCGGACACGCGGUACCAGCUGCGAGUGGUGAACCAUGCGACGUUUGGCUCGGAUACCGUCCUUGGUGACGGCGUUUUCUUCGUGGACGACCAAGGAUCGGUAUCCGGGCAGGACAAGACAGUCAACGUAGGUGAAGGCGUCGUCGUGGUGCGCAGCAGCUUUGCCCCGUCUGACCAGCCGAGACCGUCAACUUCUCAACGGCGGCCGUCGACAUCACGCUCGGUGAGGGGUGACGGGGCCUCUGAACUAUUGGAAAGCCCGGACUCCCACAAGACUCGGAGGAGCAUCCUUGGGCGGCGAAAUGUUAGUGGGGCUUAGGGCAGGACACUAGAGACUGCAGGAAGUCGAGUGAUGUCUGCGUUACUCCUUUUCAUUCUCUGGAUGGACCUUGUUUUGUCCGUCGCGGUGUCGCGAUUGCUGUUUUCCGGUCAUUCAUUAUGUAGUAUUCUCUCUUCUUUCUAUGGCUCGGAUACGAUGCAAGCUUUGUCAAAUUGCCUUUUUUCCCUUGUUCUUUUUGGUGUAUAUAUCUACUAUCUAACUACCCCAUGGAGCGUUGCUUGCCUUCGAUGACCGAACAAUGACUAUUUACAGCCCGGUGGAACCGGCGUAUGAAACACAGCGACGACGGCAUGGUGAUGCGAGGUGCCGGAGUUCGCCAGCAGCGGGCACGGCGAAUCAUAGCGAGCACCGUGGCCGCGGGCUGUCUCUAUAUAAUAAUAAUCGACAUUAUACGAGGCAGCUGAACGGACCGGGUUUCUGGCUGUUCUAUAUAUAAACCCGGGCAGUCUUGGCCGAAGCAAUGCCGGUGUAGGGAUCGAGCGAGGUGCAUCCAUUCUAGACCGACGGCAGGCUAUCUCUCUCCGUGUUUUAAAAUUGGGUGUUGGCUACGAGGACUUAGAUUAAUGUAAUAUUAGCAGAUGCAAUAAUUAGAUCUGCGAGAAAUUGGGCAAAG